AUGGCAGACCUCGGCCCCGCAGAUCGCGACCUCGUUGGACCAGCGCUGGUGGAAACGAUUCGCUGCAAGGAGCUCACCGAAUACGUCUGCAGCGCUGCCCGCGUCCACAACGUGGAGACGUUCAUCAGAUACCUCGGCGGAGAGGGGGCCGAGAGGCCGAAGAAGCGAGGCAGGAUCGGCAGGAAAACUGCAGACGAUGCAGAGAAACGCGCCGACCUGGUGCAAUCCCUGCGAGCCCAAGAGUCCGCUGCAGACGCAGUGGCGAAGUACGUCGCAGCUUCGGCGGGCGCGGGGCAGGGCGGCGAUGUGUCUGAGACAGCACAAUUCACUACCACAUAUCAGAUGAAGUUUGAUGCGCCGUCCAGAAGGUGUGUGGUUGGCUUCGGUGCCCAGAGCCUGAAUUGGUCCGCUCGUCUGGCCGGGCUGGGCGACGUCGACGAUUGGGACAUCAAGAAAUGCACGUUCACGCUGGCCCCGCAGAUUGCAGCGAGAGUCGAGUUUGCGUUGGGCCAGCACCCGGCAGCGAAGUUUGAGUCUCUUCGUAGAUAUUCCACGGACACGGCCGCAGUAUGCGAGGAGCUCGGCAUGACCACAGAGGAUGCUAAAAGCACGUGCGUAUCUGUCUUCUGUGGCGGCAAUCCGCCCGAAGCGCUCUCCGAGAAUAGCUUCCUCUUGGCGUUGGGGCGCGAGGGCAUUUAUCUUCGCUGGCUUGCUGUCUCAUUGAACCCCGAGAUGCACGAGGUUUUCGUCAGAGAUAGUUCUCGGCGGAGCCCGGCUGCGACUACGUGGUUCUACAUGUGGACUUACGUUGAAGAUUGCGUCUUAUCUGCCUGGGUCGAUUUUAUCAAUACACAAGCCGUGCAGCAUUUGAGUUUGAAUUUCGACGGCGUCAUGGUCGAUCCUGGGCGGGUCGGGGAUCGGGCAGCAUUCAAGGCCGACUCGGAGAAGGCGAUCUUGGAGGCCACGGAGUAUUCCGUAGAGGUCGCCUUGAAGAACCACGCGCGUUUCCUGGACAUGCUCGUCGGCGACGCGGAGACCGUGGCGCGCGACGACGCCACUAUUCCGGAGGUACUGCUUGCUGCUGGCAACUGCAUCAUCCUCAUGAUGGCCAGGCUGACGGACAACGUCGCCGCGGCGGCGACCAUGGCGAACAAGCGCAACAAGGCGAACAAGGACGCUGCAGAGUGCAAGGUGCGGACGUACCAAGAUUGCAGCAAACUCAUGAAGCAGUUCCUGGUGCCCUCGUUAGAUUUCCCGACUGGAGAGGGCAGGUAUCUGAUCCACACCGAGAAUGGCGGCCACCCGCAGUGCGUGGCCGCGACCUUGCUCCAGGAUGAUGUCUGCCAUGUGUUCGUGGGGGAGAAAACGUACGAGACCAAGAUUUCAACCGUGCGUCGGUGCUGGUCCGCGUCUGCAGACUCCAAGUUUCUUGCUCAGUUCAAGCUUUCGGCCGUGGUGCUCCCGCCAAACACGCAGGAACAAGUGCUCCUUGAUUUGAAAGCGGGCGGAUCGGCUAGCGACGGCUCAUGCAGCGGCGGCGCGCCCUACACCGAGGGCAAGGGUCUGCGGCAGGACAUCGCCGACGAGCUCUGCAAGAAGAGCGAUGCGACUCACGGGGCCAUCGUCCAUGACCUCCACACCGCGACGACAGUGACGGUCACGCCCUGGCAGUGCAAUAGCAAGAAGUGCCGAUUGACAUACGGCCCCAACUUCGCGUGGGUCGGCGGGCGCAAGAAGAACACUGCUACUCUCGCCGACCUGGAGUGCGCCGGAGUCGUCUUCAUCUCAAGUAAGCGCGGCUUCACUUUGAGAUACGUGCGGUACUACGAGGCAAUGUUGUUCAGGAGCUUCGUCUCGGCCAGGGGCGCAGACUGGGCCCAGAAGGAUGUCUUUGACGACGGCGACGGCAGCGGUUGGCAGGGGAAGGAAUUCCUUGUCAACAUGCGUAAACUUCACAGCCAUGCAAUCAUGUAUGUGCUGGCCGUGCAGGAGCUGGAACCGCUCGACAAGCAUCUUGACAUCUACGUGGAGGAGGACAUCAGCGAGAGCGCCCUGAGAACAUGCGACGAGCACCUCCACCGGCGCGUCUAUCCGCCCGCCAACUCCGCUUCCGUUACUGAGCUAGUGGGCGACGGCCACGAGAAGGUGUUGGCGCGCUGCAGCGGCGGCUGCGGCCUUCCAGGAGGGAAAGUGCUGAAGAGGCCUUCGGCCGCUCGGAAGUUCGCUGGGAAGGCCCUGACGAAAAAGCCCGCUGCCGCGAAGACUCGCUCCAAGCCCGAGCCUGUCGCGAAGAAGGCCGCCGUGAUUAAGAGGCCCGCGGCGACCAUGGCUGGCACGAAGCGCAAAGCCCCGAGGUCUCUACACCACAACAACGGGUGGUUCAUGCUUCUGACCACGAGCGGCCGCGUGGUGGCCGUGACCGAGCAGUCCGCGCCAGAGGGCAACGACGUGGUCAAGUCCACAAUCCUCCGGGUUCUCCCGCAGUAUCCGAAGGUCAACUGCUUCAUGUGCGACAGGGCAUGCUCGGCGAUGCCUUCGGCGCUCCUGGACGACCAGAUCAAUCCGAUUAAAUACUGGGUCGUCGACAGGCUGCACGCCCAGAAGCACGUGCCCACCUGCGCGUGCAACCCGCUGUUCAUCCAUCGCUUGAAGCUGCGUAUCAGCGGACUUAACACCCAGGUGGCAGAGCAGUGCUUCUCAUGGUUUCGCGGCUACUCGCGGGUCUUCAACGAGAUGUCGCCCAGCCGCCACCGCUUCUUGGUCUUGUACUUCGUUGCCAAGCACAACUCAAUGUUGUCUGCUGGCGACACUGAUCACCUGGGGCACCCAGCGGCAGCCGCCAGUAAGAUUCACAAGAAACCCAGUGGGCAUUACCCGUGCGCUUAA